UUUGAGAUUAAAAAUGGCAGAUGUCAUAAAUCGAAACAAAUCUUUGAAAAAAUCCUCCCAAAAUCGUAAAACCAUCACUGCAUAUUUAGAAAAGAAUGGGACGAAAAAAUCUGCUGAGCUUGACGAAAUACAAACCCUUCAAAAAACAAUUUCAGACCUGGAGGCUCGUCUUGCUAGUUUAGUUUUCGAAAAAAAAAAAUCUAAUAUAGAAUUGGAACAUGAAAAACGCAAAGUUACUCAGUUGAAAGUACAACUCCAACUGGUCAAAGCCAAUCACGUAAUCCAGUACCUCCCGAAAAAAUCUGCAGAUGUGAGAAAACUUGUGGAAGUUCGAGAUAAAGGUGUUCAGACAUGGGGAGGCGUUUUAUGUCGCGCUUGUUUAGAUACUGAGCAGCUGAGAAAUAAAUUAGAGCGAACGCAAGAUUUAUAUAAUGACUGUAUUGUUAUUAAGCGGAGUUCAUUUGAUUCACUAAAUACCACUGUCAAAACACUGAAGCAACAGGUUGACAAGGAAAUUGGAACUGACGAAGAAAUCGUAGAAAAUCUUUUUGUUAAGCCACAAAUACUGCAAAGUUAGUGUUGGUAGUGAAGAUACUGGUUAUGUUUGGUUGAAGUUUUUAAGAAAACCGAAAUUGUAGUCUUGGAUAUUAACAAAAAUUGUUGCAGUGUAACUAAAAUAAAAAUAUAUAAGUUUUCAAAA